UAUGCUGGACACUUAUUGACUGCUUUUCAGAAUAUUUCGGAAUAUUUCGCUCCAAGUCAUCCAUUUAAAAAAACAUUGUUUGUCAAUAAAAUGUUAGCUUUCUAAUGAAAGACAUGAAUAUGUUGCCACAAGAUUUUUAAGAUCAUGAGAAACAUUUCCGUCAAGUGUUGCCACUUUUGACUGGUAGUGUAUGUCUAAAUUAACAGGCAACAUGAUUGACCUCAUCCCUGGGAUAGGCUCCAGGUUCCCCCAUGACCCUGAAAAGGAGUAAGCGGUUGAAGAUGGAUGGAUGCAUGGAUGAUUGACCUCCUCAUACUGCGAUGGAAGAAAGCGGCUCCGACAUCGAGAGGUAACGCAGGUUCCGGGGCCCGCCUGGAGUAAGCCAUAGCCUACGAAACUGCGGCCGAAUUAAAAAAAAAAAAACAAUGGAGAGACCAUCCGCCAUGAUCAGUAAAACAGGCUCUCGGUCGGCGGCCUCUCUACCUCCGGAGCCGGUGGACAUCAUCCGGAGCAUGUCGUGUUACCGGCGUGUGCGUCUGAACGUGGGCGGCUUGCCGCACGAGGUGCUUUGGCGCACGCUGGAGCGCCUGCCGCGCACGCGCCUGGGCAAGCUUCGCGCGUGCACGACGCAUGAGGCGCUCAUGGAUAUUUGUGACGACUAUAACCUGGACGAGAACGAGUACUUCUUUGACCGGCAUCCGGGCGCGUUUACGUCCAUCCUGAACUUCUACCGCACGGGAAAGCUGCACAUGAUGGAGGAGAUGUGCGCUUUGUCGUUCAGCCAGGAGCUGGACUACUGGGGCGUGGACGAGAUCUACCUGGAGUCAUGCUGCCAGGCGCGCUACCACCAGAAAAAGGAGCAGAUGAAUGAGGAGCUGCGGCGCGAGGCUGACACACUGAAGGAGCGCGAGGGCGAGGAGUUGGAUAACGCGUGCUGCUCAGAGAAGCGCAAGAAACUGUGGGACCUGUUGGAGAAGCCCGGCUCUUCUGUAGCAGCCAAGAUAUUGGCCAUCAUCUCCAUAUUGUUCAUUGUGCUGUCUACCAUUGCUCUGUCUCUCAACACCCUUCCAGAACUGCAAGGCAUAGAUGAGUUUGGCCAGAGCACAGACAACCCUCAACUGGCCCAUGUCGAGGCAGUCUGCAUUGCCUGGUUUACCAUGGAAUAUCUCCUUCGCUUUCUUUCUGCACCUAAUAAAUGGAAGUUUUUCAAAGGUCCACUUAAUGUCAUUGACCUGUUGGCUAUCCUUCCAUACUAUGUUACCAUCUUCCUCACAGAGUCCAACAAAAGUGUACUGCAGUUCCAGAAUGUGCGGCGAGUGGUGCAGAUCUUUCGGAUUAUGCGAAUUUUGCGAAUCCUGAAAUUAGCUCGUCACUCUACUGGGCUACAGUCACUGGGCUUCACGUUACGACGCAGUUACAAUGAACUUGGCCUGCUAAUUCUCUUUUUAGCAAUGGGCAUCAUGAUCUUCUCAAGUUUGGUUUUCUUUGCUGAAAAGGAUGAAGAUGACACAAAGUUCAAGAGCAUACCUGCCUCCUUUUGGUGGGCUACUAUUACCAUGACCACUGUGGGAUAUGGGGACAUUUAUCCAAAGACAUUGUUAGGCAAGAUAGUUGGCGGUCUCUGCUGCAUUGCUGGAGUGCUGGUCAUUGCACUCCCUAUCCCUAUCAUUGUAAACAACUUCUCUGAGUUCUAUAAGGAGCAGAAGAGGCAAGAGAAAGCCAUCAAGAGACGUGAGGCUUUAGAACGAGCCAAGCGCAAUGGCAGCAUAGUGUCUAUGAAUGUUAGGGAUGCUUUUUCCCGUGGUACAGAGCUUCUUGAUAUGGUGGUGAUGGAGAAGGGUGAGAAGCUUCAAGACAACCAUCUCUCACCUAGUCGCUGGAAAUGGUCAUCCAAGAGAGCUGCGUCUGACACCAGCUCCAAUCGCUCAUUCAAUCAAGAACAGGGCUCCCCAAACAAGGCGAGGGCCUCCAGCCCUCAGAGGCUGAAUCCACAGAAAUUAGAGGAAGUGUACAACCAGAUGUCCAAGACUCAGUCACAACCCAACCUUAACACCAAAGACAGGUGUUCAUCGCGAGCAGGUAGCAGAAGGGAUGAGAUUGAGCUAGGUACCUUGCCAGGUCAUGGAGUUGGUCCAUUUGGAGGUCACGAAGGAGUGGUGGAUAUGAAAAGUCUGUCCAGCAUUGACAGCUACAUCAGCUGUGCCACAGACUUUCAAGAAAAUGCACGAUUCCCUUACAGUCUCGCAGUGGGCUUGUCUCUCCCAGAAAGUUCUUGUUUUUCACACAGUUCUGGAUUAUCAGGACGGGUCAGUGCUAAUCCAAACCUUCAGACCACCAUUGAACAUGAACCCAUGCUUACUCCACCAUGUUCUGCUGCAAAGCCUCCUGACAUAGAGAGUUCACAUCAUGGUGGAAACCAUCUGAAAACACGUUCUCUUAGAGUGAAUCAUCACAGUUAUGGGGAUUCAUGUCCAGUUGGUGGUCUUUUAUUAGACAACUCUGCUCCUUCAGAUCGCUCCCUGAUCAGCCCAGAAGUAUCUAUCUACACUACAGCUAGCAGCAGGACUCCACCGCAGACACCAGAGGGAGUUGCACUCACACCUACUGUUUUCACAUUUCAUGAUGCCUCUAUCAACAGGUACAUUGAUGCUGAUACAGAUGAUGAAGAACAUCUCAGAGAAAGCAGUCCAUCAGACCGUCUGCUCGGAAGUCUGUGCACCAAGCCUCACCUAAAUAUUGCCUAUCAGAGGGGCACCAACCACCUGGAAGCUGCACAGAGGCUGUUGGGUCAGAACUGUCGAUUCCCAUUGGGAAACAAUCCAAGUGUAAAUCAUGAUAAUAAUUUGGCAUUACAUGCUUUACAUAGAUAUAGAGGGGACAAAGGACGUUCCAACACCUUUGAUGAAAGCCUCUGAGACAUUUGAGGGCAUUUAGUGACUACAGAGAAAUAAAGAGCAUGGAGGGAGGCAAAGGCAAUGGAUAUAGUAAACCUGAAUGCUCAUUGCAGUGUCCACAGAGGUACCACAGCCCAUAUUUCUUCCUGUCUCACCCAAUAUUUUGUAUGUUUGCUGUAUUGGUGUUAGGUAGCCUGCACUGGCAUGCCCCAAGGUAAACGGAAACAAAUGUGACUGUUGUCAGAAUCUGACAUAAUUAAUUUUGUGCAGUCAGGUUGGAAUGGAAAAUUCAACACUGAACAGACAGAACAGGUCUGUAAAGUACAGACAGGGACAGUCAUACACUGCCGAAGUCAUCUAGCCAUUGUCCAGAGCCCACUUUCAAGAUAAGGCUUUAGAUAAAGUUAAAGUUAUAGCCUGUUUAUGAGUGCAACCCAAUCCCUAUCACGAUCCCUGGUAAGAAACUAGCCUUACUUAAUUGCAGGUCUGAAUGUCUACAAUGCCUGAGUGUGUGAAUGGGUUUGAGAUGUCCUUAUAGUAAUAUGUGAUGAUUUACAUUUCUGCACACACUCUCAAAGUUGUACACAUAUAGUGUAACUGAUUUAUUUUUAUAUAGACAUGAACAUUGUAGAAAUCUAGAAAUUGCAUCAUUCUAUUGUGUUGGGCCAGUCAAUUAUGUAACAACCACAAAGGACAUUUACACUGUGGGGAUGCAAGCUUGUUUAAGUCAUAGUUAUUUUUUUAUUAUUAUUAUUUUUCAUCAAUGUCUUAUUUUAUUUAGCAUAUCAGAGUUUUUAUAAACAAGACUGGCAAAAAGUAGCAUUUUCAGUCAUUAUCAGUGCUACUAUGCCAAAAUCCUGGGUCAACCUGCUGAAAUAAUUCUGGUCAAAUUAACAUAUUAUCUUUUAUGUUUUCCUAUUGUGUAAUAGAAACCAAUAUGUAGUAUGAAACCUACUUCAAUGUACACUAUAUGGCAAAAAGUAUGUGGACACCUGACAUCACACCCAUAUGUGAGCUUUCAAUUCAAUUCAAUUCAAUUCAAUUCAAUUUUAUUUGUAUAGCGCUUUUUACAAUAGACAUUGUCUCAAAGCAGCUUUACAGAAAUAUCAACAUGGUAUACAGAUAUUAAAGGUGCGAAUUUAUCCCAACUGAGCAAGCCACUGAGUGGCGACGGUGGCAAGGAAAAACUCCCUAAGAUGUUUUAAGAGGAAGAAACCUUGAGAGGAACCCGACUCAGAAGGGAACCCAUCCUCAUCUGGGUAACAACAGAUAGUGGGAAAAAGUUCAUUAUGGAUUUAUAUGAAGUCUGUAUGGCCUUAGGAGCAGCCGUAGUCCCAGCAGU